AUGGACAUAGUAUUUGGUAGGAAGAAAGGACGGCCCCGCCAGUCCUCGGUUACAGGUCGUGAUCUCUCCGAGCAUUCUAUUCCCUAUGACAAGCUUGCUCCUGCCUCUCUGGUCCCAAUGCCUGUCGGAACCGUGUCUCAAGGCUUGCGGGGUACAUCUUCAAAUCCAGUUAUUUCAGCUCCCCUCACAAACCCCACUCUUACUCACAAUGGGACCGAGAUGAAUUAUAGUCACUUCACUGCUUACCAGCGCAGCAGACUCGAACGGGAUCGAACCAACGUUUCUCGUCCGGAUUCUAGUGUUAGUGCAGCAGACUCCUUCACUCUUUACAAUGAUUCCGUGGCUUCGUUCACCACCGGAAAGCGACCCAAGACUCCCACCCAUAAACUUCGCAGAAGUGAAGCAUCUGGUUCAUCAGGCAGACGUAGUCCGAAUGGCGCUGAUUUUGGCUCAAUUCCUCUCCCAUCUUCACCGGCCGUAUCUCAUUCUUCUCUUCGACCUGGCUCCUCUAUGCCUUUUUCAUCGGAAGCCGAGCGCGCCUCUCGCUUCUCAAGUUCCGAUACUCACUCCAGCCAUCUAUCGCAUUUCUUCCAUAAACCUCAUUCAAACCAGGAAGAAUUUGUCCUUCCCCGGCCAGACAGAGAUGAGGACAUUGAGGCUCUCUUUGAACACGUAUCAGCGACUCGCGACCUCCCUCCGGUGAACAGCCUCACCAUUGAACAGAAAUGGCAGUUGGUAUAUGGUGCAGAACAAUUACGAUGGCAGGAGGAAAAGACUCGAGAGGAACAGGCUCGAAAGCAGGGUGAUUCAAGUACAGCAGGCUCUCUUGGCGAGGGAACACCAGACUGGUAUAUUAGGAAGUUCCUCGACAACACCAUCACUGCAAAACAGGCCUCAAGUGUUUGGGUAUCUUUAAAGAGUCAUGAAACGAGUUGGCUUGAACGCUUCAUUGAGCUGCAGGGCGCAUCUGUAUUGGCGCAGGCGCUAAUGCACAUAAGCCGUAAGGGUUCCAAGAGGCUCCCAUCUGACACCCACCUCGAGGGUGAGAUAGCCAAGUGUUUGAAGAUUAUCUUUAACAGCGCCUCUAGAGUGCGCGACGCUAUAAAGUUGAAUGGUGUCGUCACUCAAAUCGCGUCUUCUCUCAAUUCACCUCAUCUCCCAAAUCGCAAAGUGAUCUGCGAAGUUCUCCUCUCUAUCAUUUACAACGGUACAGACCCUCUUUCAUUAGUAUUUCCAGCUUUAGAAGCGCUUAGUGGCGCCAAUGGCGAGACACACGGAUAUUAUGAUUAUUGGUUCAGGUCUCUUGAGAGCGCGCUCCUGGGCAGGGGCAAGAUGGGGAGUCUGGUCGGAGCUAGCGAAGAAGUUCGCAAAGGCGCCGGACAUGACAAUUCCCUCGCAGAUUAUGCAUCAACCAACCUUUUCGUGAUUGUUCAUAUUUUAGACGCCAUAGAAGACUUGGACGUACGGUUGCACCAUCGCUCGUUAAUGGACUCUGCUGGUCUUCAGCGUAUCAUUGCUCUAUGUCACGAGAUUGGUACUGAGCCCAUGGAAGCACAGCUUGCGGAACUGCAGGAAAUACUGAAGGAAGAUGAGCAAAAAUUACGGGAGCGGUACGACCAGCAAAUACUUCGCGAUCUCAAUAGCCCUGAAGACAUUUGGAAUGCCCUUCGUCACAAAACGGAGAGCACAGGCGCCAAGGAGUACUUCCUCUCUAUGAUGCGGCAUCUACUACUUAUCCGGGAGGAAGGUCCUGAUAUGAUGCGCCUCUAUCAGUUGUUGGACUCGCUGGUCACGGACGUGGUCAUGGACGGGAAACUUGCUUCCGCGGAGAAGAGACUUGGGCACACCGUUCAACGGAUUAUUGGCCAGCUAAAUGAUGCUCAGCGAUAUCAGGAUGCCAUUCAAGAGGCUGCUGAAGCUCGUUCUCAGGCUCUGGGUCUGAAGCUUGAGAAGGAGGCCCUUGAAGAGGAGAUGUCACAAGGUUCAGACGGUCUCGUCGGCCAUCUUAAGGCACAGGUCGCUCUCCUCGAACAGAAGCUUGGCUCUCACCGGGAAACCACGAAGCGUCUUCAAGGACAACUCGAGACGCAGAAAGCCGGGUAUGAGGAACAAAUAGCUCAACUGGAAGCUCAGAUCAUGGAACUGUUCAGAAUGCUGAGGGAGGUUGGCAAGGGUUACGAGAAAAUCCUCGACUCUAGUUCUGGGACCAUGGACCGGAAGACCUUAAUAGAGACCCUGAACAAGCAUCUCGAACGAACCAAAACCAUCAGCAUCCUCGAGGGGCGUGGUAAGAAAACGAAAGAUACCAAACAGGAGGACGGUGAAAGUGACGAAAACGACCAAUUGGAUGAUGACGCCACUCCUCGGAAGUCUGAUGCUCCCCGGAUAUCUGGAGUCCUCAACGGUCACGAGUCGCAAUUCAUGGAUGCUGACGAAGCAGAUGAACGGGCACAAAUCAACCAUCAGCUUGCAGCGAAUGCCAAAUUUUUAUCGCCUGAAGAUGGUGUUGUCGCUAGUCCUCGCAGUAUUAAUCGCUCACCUAGGCGUACAAACCGUCUGAUACCAGGCGAUGACACACCAUCACUACCCCGUUCACAUCGCGCUAAUAAUCUUCUCGCGCCUCGGUACGAUAACACACUUGAUUACAGUGAUAACGAGUCAUCACUCCGUGAAGAGCUUGAUGCGGAGAGCGAAUUUGGUCAAUCCACACGCAGUGGAUUCACUGCUUUCACCGAUGAUACCCAACCUACCUCUGUUCACUCGGAUGGAUCUUCGGAGGCCUCUCCUCGAGCAUCCAUGUUCCUCAGUGCAAAUCUCAAUGUCCUACUUUCUGCUCGCAAAGAUAUGCCAUUUACACCUAGUGCCAAGAUGAAGCAGUUACAGUGGGACAAGCUUCCGCAACAGCAAGUCGGCAAGACCCUUUGGAAAGACGAAGAACCUGAGAAAGAGAAAGAAAUGCUCGCCAAAUUACAAUCUGACGGAGUGUGGAUGGAAAUGGAGGAGGACUUCAAAGCCAAGCAGUUGAUGAUCAAUCUUAUGGCUCGACAGAGGCAAGCCGAGUUGAAGAGUGUCCUUGACCCACAGACGAAGAAACGAGUUGAGAUACUUAUACAGCGGGUGAAGAAGAUGGAACCCGAGGAAAUUGCCCGCCGCAUACAGCAAUUCGAUCAGGAGAUGUGCUCCGAAAACUUCUUGAGCGAACUCAAAGGCGUCCUUCCCACCCCGGAACAGAUUGGCAAACUCAAUGUAUACCGUAACGCUGAGCCUGAGGAACUGGCUGGAUUACACCCUUCCGACCGGCUCAUGGUCAAACUCAUACAGAUUGAUCGUCUUGGUCCCCGCAUAGAGGGGAUGCUUUACAAGUGCAAGUUCGAGGAACAGUGGCUGCUCCUGGAUGACGGUGCAAGGAAGGUGAGCGAAGCAGGAGCUGCUUUACUGCAUGCCAAGCAUUUCAAAGAAGUUCUGAAUCUCAUACUCAUGAUCGGCAAUUACAUGAAUGGCACAGGAAUCAAGGGAGGUGCCUUUGGUUUCAAAGUGAGCAGUAUUAACAAGCUUGUUGACACUAAAUCCGUCAACAAUACCACACUACUGCACUUCCUCGAGCGGACGAUUCACAAGCAUUUUCUGAGCAUGGAAGAGUUUUUAGACGAGCUCGCCAAACCCGCAGAAGCUUACCGAGUGAAUACUCAGGAUAUCCGAAAGGAUCUUGCCGAACUUCGCGAUGGUUUGAAACGUAUUCGCCAAGAAUUGAAUGACUAUCAUACCGACCUAGCCCAAAAUGAUGGGUUCAGCAACCAGAUGUGGACCUUCGUCGGAAAGGCAACGUCGAGGCUAGAAUAUCUCGUCGACGAUGUAAAUCACGCGGAAACUACUUUCACGGAAGUGGUCAAGUAUUAUGGCGAGGAUGAAAAGAACAUUACAUCACCGGAGUUCUUUGCGGUUUUCAAAACCUUUGUCACUUCUUACAAGAAAUGUAAGAUGGAGAAUCAAACCGCCGCUGAGGAGAAGGCUGCGGUUGAGAAGCGGAAGCAAGCUAUGGCAGAGACAAGGCAAUUGCGCCAGAAUGCCAAGGAUGCUAGCAUACGAGAGGAAGAUGAGUUGGUUCUGGACAAUCUACUGGAGAAGCUGCGCAGUGGAGACACAGUUACACGUCGCGCAAGAAGGGCUCGUCUAAAACCGGACGCUAGACCUCUCGUACUUCCACUUGACACCACCGUCGACGUUGCGCGAGAUAUGCUGGCCGCUCUCAAAGCCGAUGGCUUCGGGACGGUGUCACCUACUGUCCCUUCUGUGCCACGACGGCGGACGAGGAGAAGGACUGACCUCGGUGGUGUUGACUCACAAUCUGCCCUGUCUCCUACAGUAAGCUUACCAGAUCUGCCCAGCCCAGACAUAACAGUGGACUCGAAUUUUUCGGAUGUGCCAUAA